GCCCAAGCCAACGAAUAACUACGAUUCUUCAGUUAACCGAAAAUCCAUCUGAAAAAUUAGAAAUAUGCCUUAUUCCAUCACCUGCAUUUCAAGUCUCCACAAGUUUCGACCGAAGACAUGCUUAAAUCCGAUCAUGGAUAACGCCGCCCUAGAAUUUGUCCAUAUAAGCGACUAACGACCACGUCAAGAUCUUGACACCUCAGGCAGAUGAACCUUUUAGAAAAUCCAUAAGUCACCAUGUCUCUCAUACUCAAGAACAUUAUGCCCCAAGCUUUCGGCUGCAGAGAUCACAUUCAAGACGACAGCAAGCCUACAAUGCCUUCAGAACAAACCUUCCAGCGCCAUGAGAUCCAAUCAGCUCGCAAUGCUGUAGCUGAAACCAUUCUCGACAGACAUAGCACUCGUGCGUUUUGCACUGGUCAAGCAGUUCCCAUGUCUGUCAUAGAGGAUUGUUUUAGUGUUGCUCAACAUGCUCCUUCUUCGACGAAUAUCCAGCCUUGGAGAGUCACUGUCGCUUCUGGUGAGCCGCUGAAGCGCUUAUCUGCGGCACUGAUUGCUGCUUUUGAGAAUAAAGAGGAGCUCAAGAUUGAUGCGAUUCCUGAGUCGUAUAACCACUAUCGUUCAGAACUGGGUCAUCAUGUCUACGGACCGAAUGGUUACAACAUUGCCCGCGGAGAUACAGAGGCAAUGACGAAAACUCUCAUCGACAACUUUAACUUCUACAACGCGCCAGUCGUCGCCGUUAUUUCCAUUGAUAAAGACCUAAACAAAGGCGAUGUUCUGUCAGUUGGGAUUUAUCUGCAGACCCUUCUUCUACUGUUGACGGAGAAGGGAUUGGGCACGCAAGUCUCUGCUGCGCCAACUGGAUACCCGGAUAUCAUCAAGAGGGAGUUGGGUAUCGAUGAGAACCUGGAUAUCUUGUGCACGGUUGGAAUUGGUUUUGAGAACAAGUCUCAGCACAUUAAUUCUUUGAAGAUGCCCAGGGACGAUUGGAAGCAGAGUGUCAGAUUUGUGAUGGGAUAGUGGAGUAGUGUUACGUUAGUGGUGUUAUGCUUGUUUCUUAGCGCUUUUAGCGGUAAAUGACCUGUUGAGGUCUGUUCUAGCAUUGUUUGUUUGGCGCUUCCCCAACCUGUUGUCUGGGACGAUCUCGUUUCGCUCGUGUAUUCGUUCUCUGAACUCCGGAGUGUUGACAUAAAAGUCUCUAGUGCUUACGUCAGACACAUUUUGUUGCUUCGACGAUGAUCAUACCCUUAGAUAGAGAGGCACAUAACGCCCCCGC